UGAAGAGUAGAUUCCCAUUUGACACGCAGCAGCCACGAAGCGGAGAGACAGAGAUUACACAUCAGCUUAAGAAAACACAAAAGAGAGAAAUGAAAAGAGGCGGAGGGAGCCGAGAGAAACUUUCUGUUCAAUUUGGCUCGGUUGUAUCUGUCUCUCUCUUAUUAGUUUCUCCUUCUGUUUCGUUUGAGAGCUAGACACCUCUCUCUCCCUCCCUCCCUCCUCAAUCUUCAGCAAGAUACUGGAUAUUAGAUACUCGUUAAAAGGUGAGAGAGAUGACAGUUGGAACAGAAUGUAAAGAACAUUGCCAAGCGUGUUGGGUAUUUCUAUCCUUUGGUGGAAAUGGCGAAUUAUUGUUGUCACGGUCAAAAUUAAUUCUGUGCUACCCUUGUUUGUACACUUCAUAUGUGUAAGAGUUCUGCUGUAGCCUCUGUUUAAGAAGUGCAAAGGGGAAGGAGAGAGAGCAGAGGAAGAGGAGAAAGCGGGAAAGCAGAAGACAAGGUUCCUCUCGUUGUAUAUGCUUAAAAAAGAAGAGGGAGAAGACGGAAAGAAGUCGGUAUUUUACUAACCUAGUUUGGCUGAGGAGUGGAAAAGUGUCUGUCUGGGCAGAGGAAAAUGGGAAGCACUGGUGCUGAUAAAGUCCCUAGAAAUACUGCAACUGAAGGUUCUGAGACCACAAUAGAAAUAAAAAUAAAAACGUUGGACUCUCAGACUUAUACUUUGAGAGUGGAUAAACAGAUGCCAGUUCCUGCACUAAAAGAACAGAUUGCUUCUGUAACUGGCGUGUUAUCAGAGCAACAGAGACUAAUCUGUCGCGGAAAAGUUCUAAAAGAUGACCAACUACUUUCUGCAUACCAUGUUGAGGAUGGUCACACCUUGCACCUCGUGGUCAGGCAGCCGGUUCCUCCAUCAUCUGAUGGCUUACCUAAUCAUUCAGCAAAUGAUCCUGGAUCAGGUACAAGCCGCAGUCAUAGUAAUCAUGUCCCAAGUGUUGUGAUAGAAACUUUUAAUGUGCCUGAUCAAGGGGAUGGAGUUCCUCCUGAAAUCGGUCGGAUUGUCUCUGCCGUUCUUGGCUCUUUCGGAUUUGCAAAUAUGGCAAGUGGCAAUAUUGGGGGUGACGUUAGGGAACAUGGUUCACAAAGACUUGAAAGAACAUCUGGUGGUAGUGACAUGCAAGAUUCAUCCCAGGUUCAAACUGAACAAGUUAGCAUGAGGAGUCAGUCUGAUAGAGCACAGAGUGCUUUUGGACUUCCAGCAGCAGUUUCCUUGGGUCCUCUGCAGCCUCCUGUAAUUCCUGAUUCUUUGGCUACUUUGUCUCAAUAUCUGAGUCAUAUAAAGCAUGAAUUUGAUGGCAUUGCUGGGGGAAAUGAACCUCAGGUAGCUUCCAUGAAUAGGACUGGAGAUAGAGAUUCUAACUCUGCAUUAAAUUCGGGGACUAUACGGGAAGGUCUUCCAACGCCUGCAUCUUUGGCAGAAGUGUUACUCUCUACCAGGCAAAUGCUCAUUGAACAAGCUGGAGAAUGUCUACAACAACUUGCAAGGCAACUGGAGGAUCAAGGAAAUGUGACUGACCCCUUAGCACGGCUGAGUGCACAGACCAAUGCUUGGAGAACUGGAGUUCUACUACAGAGCCUAGGCUCACUUUUACUUGAGCUUGGUCGUACAACCAUGACAUUACGCUUAGGUCAAACACCAUCUGAAGCUGUUGUUAAUGCUGGACCUGCAGUUUUCAUAUCCCCUUCUGGUCCAAACCCUCUCAUGGUUCAGGCUCUUCCUUUUCAACCAGGAGCUAGCUUUGGUGCCAUUCCCAUGGGAACUGUACAGCCUGGAUCAGGUUUGGUUAGUGGACUUGGGACAGGGUUUCUUCCUAGGCGUAUUGAUAUACAAAUACGAAGAGGUUCAUCGAUGGCAACACCCAAUAUUCUUCGACAGGAACAUCAUGAUACCACACAACAAUCAGGCCAAAGGAACCCAUCAAUGGGCUCUGGCAUUGAGAAUCAAAGCACUCAAACAGCUUCAGGGGUCUCAGAUACUCCAUCUUUUGCUGGAGAAUCAGGAGUGAGGGUGGUGCCUAUUAGGACAAUGGUUGCGGCUGUACCUGCUCCCUUGGGUCGCCUACCUUCAGAUUCUUCUGGUAAUUCUGUGGGAUUAUACUACCCAUUGCUUGGAAGGUUACAGCACAUCGUUCCUGGACAUGUAAGUGGUGAACAGGGAUCUCAAGCAUCUGGUGAGCAUUUGUCCCCUGGUGCUCAAUCUGAGCAGCCCCCUAUUCCUGAAUCUGCAGUGCAACAUCAAAGUCCGGAAGAAUCUGCAAGAGAUGGUUCAUUACCAAAUGCUAAUUCAAGACAACAGGAGCCAUCCAAUGCACGUAGUGUCAAUAUCAGCAUUCUAGCAGCUGGCAGGACUCAAAACAACCAAGACUCUGAGAGACAAACUCCUAGUAGUAUUCUUCAGUUUUUAAGAUCUAUUUUCCCUGGUGGUGAAAUCCAGGUAGAGGAAGCCAGUUUACAAGGAACAGUUACAGAUGCUGCCCAGGAGCAAGCAGGAACAUCCAAUGGUGCUCCAGCAGCUGAGCAGAGCAUUACUGAUCAAGGGGUGUUUUUAUCUAAUUUGCUUCAUCAGAUUAUUCCGUACAUAUCUCAGCAAACAGGUUCACAACAAAGUACAGUGCCUACAGAAGAAACAAAUACUUCCACCCAGGCUGAGAACUCCAGCACUGGGAAUUCACGUAGACCAAGUGACUCUGAACCAAACCCACCAAACUCAAAACGGCAGAAGAUGGAGUAACAUAUCAAGAAAUGGAGGAUUUAAUCAAUCUUUCCGUGCUUAUGAAAAUCGUGAUUGCUGAUUCAAGUUCUUAUGAACUGUGGCGUGACUUUCAUGUUAAAUGUGGUAUAUCAUGGUUUUUUCUUUUAUUGCAAAUAAGAAGUGAUAUUUCCAUAAUUGAUAUAGGGAAUAUGUUGGUACAUUUUUUUGGGUUUUUUGGAAUAGUGUAACAUAGUAGUAAUAUAUGUUUUCUCUAGCCCCCAUUUAUCAUCUAGCUUCACUUCAGCGACUAUGGCUUUGGAUUCCCUGCUUUAUUUUUGUGCAUCCAAAAAAAUUGCAUCAAGUGGUAUAUCUCUAUUUCAGUUUAAUCUCUAAGUGUAUUAAAGGUGGAAUUGUGAAAGGGCAAUCUAUUAGAGCAUUGGAGGUAACGUGGGGAGAUUUUGCUUUUAACCAUUGCACAUCCUUAGCAUGCAACCAUGCUAGCAUGAAGCAUCAAGCAAGCCUCUUACUCUCUUGCUUUUUCUUGGCUCAAGUGAAAAUUCCAACAUAUCAUUUAUGGCUUGGCUCUGAUUGAAAUGCUGUUGAUUGAGUCAUGAAAUUUGACAAAGUAAGCCUUGUGCCCUUAUGGUUGGUAACUCCUUUUUGAGGGAUAACUAGGGCUUUUUCAGCA